GAAGAAGAAGAAGAAGUCGUAGUAAUGGCCGCCGACGACGACAACAUCAUCCCCGAGCUGGACCAAAAGAAGUACGACGCCGACGAGGAAGUGAAGAUCAUCUGUUUGGGAGACAGUGCCGUCGGGAAAUCCAAGCUGAUGGAGAGGUUUCUCCUGGACGAGUAUCGCCCGCAGCAGUUGUCGACGUACGCUUUGACGCUCCACAAACACACGGCCAAGGUGGCCGACAGGACGGUGGCAGUGGAUUUCUGGGACACGGCCGGCCAGGAGAGGUUCCAGAACAUGCACCCCUCGUACUACCACAAAGCGCACGCCUGCAUCAUGGUUUUCGACAUCCAGAGGAAGAUCACCUACAAGAACCUGGCCAACUGGUACAAGGAGCUGAGAGAGUACAGACCUGAGAUUCCGUGUUGCGUGGUGGCCAACAAGAUCGACGCUGACCUGAAGGUGACCCAGCGGAGUUUCAACUUUGCCAAGAAGAAAGGACUCCCUUUUUAUUAUGUUUCUGCGGCCGAUGGCACCAACGUCGUCAAGGUGUUCCGAGAGAUGAUCAAGCGGGCCGUGGAAUACAAGCAGAACCCCGGCGACUUCAUGGACCAAGUCAUGCAAGAACUGGAGGACUACCGUGUCAACCCCCAAUCAUGGCUCCAAAGAAGAAGUUUGAGCUCGAGAAGAAAGAAGUUGAUCCGGAUGCAGAGGGCGAUGACGCCAAGGAGGAGGAGAGCCCGGAGUUGCCGUGACCAAAGUCGCCGUCGCGGCGUAUCCGAGCCCCGCCCUUGCGGUGAUACCGCGUGACCUCUGCUGCAGGACAACGGUGCUCUUCAAUCUUUGUCUUCUCCGAUUUACAAGGGCGUCCUCGGGUUGCUUCGGCGUCAGCCAAAUUCAAAGUCGUAACGACUGUCCUCCACUUAUGCAGUCCUGGAAACGCUUCAGGCCUAUUAAUAUUAGCCAAUCAAAUGACAAAGAAUGAGAAUUUUUUUAUCCCACAUGACCACGUAGUCUUACCUCGCUGCAAAAACUAGCUCAUCGCGUGCCGUUUGUCCCCUCAAAACUACAACACGGUCACGGCAAACGUUUCUUCUUCAUUUUUCAUGGCGGGUGCAAGUCGAAGUGGAUUUGUUGGGCCAGACGAAAACGAGUGCACGGCCAGGCAUUUCCCGCGGUUUUAUCAACGGCGACCAAAAUAACUGCAGACACAAUUCAUCUUAAGCAUUUUAAAUAAGACCUGAGAUGUGUCGUACUCAACUGCAUCUUUGUCGCGUUCGUUGUGUUCUUCAGGUCAGGAACCGGUUGUGGUCGCAGGCGUGAACAUGAACAAGACGCGAGUAAACCGACGACCCCGUGUCAUUAGUUCUUCGGUCAACUGCGACAAGAAUGGGGCGAGUGCAUCAUUUUUCAUGACAUUUAGACUUUGCAUAUUUGUACAAUAGAGUUCACGUUCGCUUUCAGUAUUGUGUGAUUUAGAUGGGGAAUUUCUAAGAAGUUGGAAACUGCCUGUAGAUGCCACAAGAUGGCAGCAUAGCAGCAAAGGAACAAAUGAUGCUCCUCAAGUGGAUGAAUAGAGCUCGUGCACGUGACGUCACCAUUUUCACGGAGCCAUUUUGCCGAUCAAAAAAGGUAAAAAAAAAAAAAAGCUGCUCGACAGUGUGGGGGACAUUGAACCGGAGCAGAAUAUUCAACAUAUCCGAGACUUGUGCUGUUGGUUGUCACAACAGACGAGACAGAUAUUCAAAGAGGAAUACCAGCUGAAAAGACAAGAAAAGUAAAUAAAUUUCAGCAAUUAAACGUGACGGAUGGUGCCCGACCAAAUACACACGACUGUGUAGCAAUCACUUCAUUUCAGGUAGGAGUUAUUCUUCUCAAUCUCAAAUUCCUAAGAAGUAUUUAGAAUGCCAAGUUGGCUCAUUUGAGAACAACGCGUUUAAAAAAAAAAAAAAAGUCGUCUCCAACGUACACAGAAGCGUGUUGCGGCCACACGUUAAUCUUCGGUAAACUUCUCCCCGACAGACUUUUUUUUUUUUUUUCCUAAUAUGCAUUGUUCUCAAAUGAGUCCAAUGCGUAUUUAAAAACAGAAAAUAAAUCAUCAGUCACACAGAGUUUUACCGGAGUUCAACGUUUGGCCGCAAACACGCUUCCGUGUACAGGAGCUGAAGCCUAUCCCAGCGGUUUAUUUUCUUUUUUAAAAUGCGCAUUGGACUAAUUUGCGAGCAAUGCAUAUUUAUUAAAAAAAAAAACAAAAAACGUCUGUCACGGAGAAGUUUACCAAAGUUUAACGUGUGACCGCAACACGCUUCCGUGUACGGAGGAGCCGACUCACGGUCUUCAAUCAUAGUUAAUGAAUGCGAGUUUGUGUAAAACAAGGGGUCAUUUAUUUAAAUAUUGGUAUUUGUAUUGGAAAAAUCUGAGUGGCUCCAUCACUAUGCGGGAUCCCGCAGCGAAGUAUUUGUAUGCGUCCAGACUUUUCUAAGCUUUCAAACUCUUCCGUGUAAAUCUCGACGACUUUCUCACCAGAUCCAUGUGUAGAUCCAGUUGUCCAAGACAAGCGGGUGAACAGUCCACACUCUUAUCGGCAAAAACAUCGACUUCGGCUUUAAAUAUGGGUCCUCUAUACCGAGUUCAUCAAAUUUUUCCACUUACCUUCGUUUCUUGUCACUUUCUAAAUGUCUAACGGUAUCGGACAAGACUCUGGGCGUCGUGCUACAAGACAUAUUUCCGACUUAGCGUUGAACAAUGCUUUGCUAGACCGGCACUUCCGGCCAGUGACGUGAUUUGAUGACGUAGGUGCACGAGCUCUGUAGAACAUUUCCUGCUACUUUCCACGUCUCGAAGUAAGAAUGUGAACCACUUUCUGUCAUCGCAGCUGUUCUUUGGUCUUCAGUUGCGGCAUUAGUUUUGGGCCGCGCAGGCCUUGAGCCGAGACCACAGUGUACCGUGUAACAAAAUCGUGAACGUGUCUUUAGCAGCACUUUAAACCAGUCAUCAACAUUGUCGUCUUUUUCAGACUGGAAGACAAAAAGAAUGUAACCUUUUUUUUUUUUUUUUAAUUCAACGAUGUUAAAAAGCCGCGCUCGGUGUUGUGAAUUGUGAAUAAAUGUACCACAGUCUUUA